GAUGAACUUAAGACGACUGGUUGAAAAAUCAACUGUAUACACGUUUACUCACAUACAAUAAUGAAAGGUAUACAUAGGUGUGAACAAAAUUGGAUGACGGAUACUAAAUAAAAUGAUACACUUAAUAAAUUUAUAAUGAAUUACAUUUUAACACAUUAAAAAAAACACAUUGAAAUGACCCAAAUAUAAUAAGAAAUAAAAACUGUAUACAAGUAUACAACGCAAAUACUGUUUUAAAGAAACUAGACAGUUUGUUUUACUACAUGAAAAUGGUGGUCAUUUUCAUCAAAACAAUCAUAUAUUUAAGAUGUUUCAUGCUUUAAGAAACUGUUCGGAUGUGGAUUUAAAAAUAAAAUAGACAUUAGAUAUGGAACAAGUAUCAGAUUCUUAAAACAAGUAUUCAAAUAUCCGCAAAAAAAUAUUGAUCCAUUGAUGUAUUCUUAUUAAAUCUAUAAACAUUUCAAAAAUGAUUUUGUUUUAAUAAGCAUAUUGAAAAAAAAAUCAAUUAAAAAGAAACUAAUCACAGUAAAACAAACAACAACAAAAAAAACAAACACUUUUCAACGAAAAAAAUUUAAUCAAUAAAACAAUUUUUUUCACUUUGAAAAAAAAUACAAAAAUAGAAAAAAUUUCCAACCGAAAAAUCAAACAUAUUUUGUCAUCUAAUUUUUUCUUAGAUUUUAUUUGUCAAUUAUAUCAAUUAAACCAUAUUUUUUGUCCUUAGUAACCAUGUUAACAAUUAAUUUUUUAAAACAACAAUUCAUAAUUAUUUGUUUAUGUAAUCAUCAUUCAUGGAAAAGGAUUUUAUGUAAUCAUGGAAAUAAAUUACAUAUAUUCAUUAUAACCCUAUUAAUUGGAUGGUUUAUUGAUUUUGCAUUAGCUGAAAAGCAUGAAUGUAAUCAAAAUACAUGUUACUCUGUAUUAUCAGAUACUGCUGCUCGUGUAAUUCAAUCCAAUCGUUGUACAACAGAAGAACGCCAAAAACGAAUACAAUGUUUUGAAGUGUUACCUGCAGAACAGUAUGCUAUACCAUUAGGACAUACUGUGAAUAUGCAAUGCGUUGUUUUAAAUCAGCAUGGCAAAGUUCAAUGGCGUGCGAAAAAAAUACUUCUUGGUUAUGAUCGUUCUAUACCGGGUUACUCAAGAUUCAGAAUAAUUGGCGAUGUUGGACGAGGAGAGCAUACAUUACAAAUUACAGAUGUUCAACGUGAUGAUGCUGGAGAAUAUGAAUGUCAAGUUACUCCAGUUCCGGUUAAUAAUCAUCCAUUAUUAAGAAGAAAAACGUAUCUAGAAGUUCUUAUUAAACCGAAUGAACCACAAAUUUUAUAUCAAAAUGUACAGUUACCCGAGAGAAAAUUGAUUAUUUCUCAACCAGAUCCCAUUUUGCGUAUUAGUUUAGUUUGCUCUGCAGUUGGUGGCCGACCAGCUCCAACUUUCAAGUGGUUAAUUAACCGCCAUGAAAUACCAAAUCUGGAGGUUAAAACUAAAACACCGAUGAAUCCCAAUGAUGUAGCCAAAAUGAAUAAUCUACUCAAAGUUUGGGGUAAAUUGCAUCCUAUUAUUAAUAAUGAAGAGAAUGAAGAACGAUCCACUUUAAGUAUUCUUAAAGCUGGUUUAGAAGAUGGUGAUGAAAUUGCAUGCAGUGUGUCAAAUUCUGCAACUCAAAUAAAUCAUGAUCCAAUGAAACGUAAUUUAUCAAUAACAAUUACUGUAGAUGUUCAUACUCCUCCCGGUCCUCCAAAAAUCGUCAGUCCUGAAUCAAACCACGUUUAUUUAGAUGGUGAACAAUUACGUGCAGUAUGUGUAUCUUCACCACCUGGCAAACCUUUAGGUGGACUAUUCUGGAGGUGGUUAAUUAGGCCAAGUCAAGUUGAUGACAACGAUAUUCAGAAAAUCAGUGGAAUCGGGGGAAGGGGCGGUGCUAGACUCAGUGAUUACACAUCCGUUGAAGCCUAUCUACGAAGUUUAGAUAGUAGCAAUGGUGGUGGUAGUUCAUCGCAGAAAAUCCUCACACCAGAAUUAUCACAAUUACAGCAGGGAGAUUUUAUUUCCGAAGAUGUUCAACCACUGCAUUAUACACUUACUAAAGAGAAAGAUCAAUUAGUAAAUACAUUGAUCAUUCAACGAGUUACUCGAAAGUAUCAUGCUGCUAAACUGAUUUGUGAAACUGGACAUCCUGUAGGUUCGGCUCAUCAAACAAGUAUCACGAUAUUUGUGAAACAUGCACCAGCAAAUGUCACAAUUUCGGUAGAAACUGGUAGCAUUGAUGAUGACCAUACUGGCGGACGCCACGAAAAAGUGGCAUAUGCACGUGCCGGUGAAAUGAAGACAUUUAUUUGCAAAACUGCUCCAUAUUAUGGUCAGGCAACUAUUAAGUGGUUGUUUCAAGCAGCUGGUACUAGUAUUACAACAUCUCCCAAACAACUGGUUGAUAAAGCUGUCACUUACAAAACACCUGAUGGAGAGAGUUUCUAUCAAGAGUCACGGAUUCAGAUCACUGUUCGACCUGAAGAUGACAGAAGUUAUAUAGAUUGUCUUGUUUGGAGUGUUGGAGAUGCACGCAUUGAUUCAAGAGUGCGCCUAGAUAUUAUCCAUCCCCCAGAUAUUCCUAGGAUUACUGGUUAUAAAAGUGGCCAACCAGUGAACAUGGCUCAUCUUUUGGAACUUACGUGCUCUACCACAGGUGGCAAUCCACUGCCUGAACUCCAGUGGUUUAAAGAUAAAAAUCCGAUCACAAACAAUGUCGAACCAAUUAUUAUUGGAAAACAAACUACUAUUAAACUUAAACUUGUACCACAAAAAGAAGAUAACGGUGCUCAAUAUCAUUGUUCAGCUCGUAACACCGCAACAAAUAAUGAAUGGAUAGAUAGCGAAGCUAUAAUUUUAAAUGUUUUAUUUCCACCACAACGAGUAAGUUUAAAUUUUGGCGGUAAAUCAGUAGUUCAAAGUGGUGAACAACUUGAAAUCAACUGUCAAGCAGAUAGUUCAAAUCCAGUUGCUGUUAUCACAUGGCGUCAUUAUCAAUGUGGACCAGCUCAUGCAUUUUAUCGACGUCAUUUAUUACAACAACAAAAAAAAUUACCAAAAUCUAGUAGUAGUACAAAUGAAGGGGAAAAGUGUAAAUUAUUAGAACUAAAAGGUUCCGACGAAACACCUGUUCCUGGAGCAUCCGGUGGUUUACUAGCUAGAAGUCAUUUAUGGUUACGUCCAACUUGGAGAUAUCAUAUGGACUUUAUUGAAUGCCAAGCAGAGAAUCCAGUUUACGGUCCACCUAUUUGGCAUGAUAGACUUCAGUUAAAUAUUACAUUUGCACCACAAUUCUAUGGACUUCAAGUAGAUGAUCACCGAGUAAUACGAGAAGGUGAAACGACUCAUCUAGACUUUGGAUUAUAUGCAAAUCCUCCAGUUACAUCUGUUUCAUGGUUUCGUAAUGAUCAAUUACUUCCAUUUGAACCUAAAGAAACUGAUACAUGGCAAGGCGUCUUUGCAGCUGGUACUGUUGGUGAACUACUUUCAUUACAUAAAAUUAAUCGAGAAAAUAUGGGUAACUAUACAGUGAUAGUUUCUAAUUCACAACAUGAAUCACGAAAUACAUUUUUUCUUAAUGUUACAUAUCCAGCAAGUAUUGUCGGCAAACUUGAGGAGAACAUAACACAAACGAAUAAAGACUAUGCUGCUUUAGAUUGUAAAGCUGAUGCGAAUCCAGCUAUACCUGAUAGAACAUUUACAUGGUAUCGUUACUUUCCACCUAAGGGCUGGACAGAAGAAGUAGAUGAAGGGGCAUUACAAUUGAGUGAACCAAUUUAUUGCAAUCAAUCUCUGAUAGACAAACCGAAAAUGCUUGCUCAGUGUUUUCAACAAGAUAAAUUUCAAAUUUCUAGUACAUUUUACAUUUAUCAACUUACAGAAGAUGAUGUUGGUAAAUAUGUUUGCGAAGUCAGUAAUGGAAUAGGUGAACCAGUAAAGAAGACAUUUAAUCUUUUGUAUCACUUUCCUCCAAAGAUAAUUCAAUUGCCUCGAUAUACAAAAGCAGCUGGUGAACAAAGUUCUAAAGUAUGGUUAACAUGUUAUAUUCGUACAGAACCAACUCCACAAAUUGUCUGGCUUAAAGAUAAUAAACUAAUACCAAUGGAUACAUUAAUUCAAAGUAAAAAUUCUGAUAGUAAAAAUGAAAUGAAAAAAUAUGAAAAUUAUUUAAUUCAUAUACGUCCUGGUUUAUAUAAAGCUCAAUUAGCUGUUAAUGAUAUUAGAAAAUAUGAUUUUGGUUCUUAUAGUUGCCAGGCUGCUAACUUACAAGGUGAAGCUCAACUAGAAAUUCAUUUGUCUGGAACAUCUACCCCAGAUGUACCGAUAAAUUUUCGCCUUCUGAAUGCAACCUCAUCAACUUUACAUGUUGCCUGGACUCAAGGUUUUGAUGGUGGAUUGGCACAAACUUUUCAGAUUCGUUGGCGUGAAGUUGGUUCAAUUAGUUUGUACAAAUAUGCUGAUGUAGCAUCAAAUGAUAACCGAAAUGGAGUUGAGUACAUCAUUACUGGUUUAAAACCUGGAAGUGAAUACAUAGUCAGUGUGAAUUCCAUGAAUUCAAAACAUGGAGCUAGUGCCUACACAGACCCUAUUCAUUUAAGAACACUAUCACUAGAUUUAUACAAUGGUCGUGAACCUAUGCCACCCUUAUCAACUUCUGGUUAUUCAGAUGACAAUGCUCUAUUAAUCAUAGUAUCUGCAUGUGUUUUUGGAUUUGUUAUUCUUCUUAUUAAUAUCAUAGUUAUUAUUUUCUUAAUUAAACGACGUCGUUAUCGUAAUAUGAUGAGAAGACGACAAUAUAAAUCUGAUCAAGGAGUUACUAUGACAAAUGGAGUUGCAUUAACACAUCAUAAUCAAACUAGUACUGAUAUGAAAUCACAUCUUCAAUCAUCUUUUAUUGAUCAAAAUGAUAAUUUUAUGGAUACAGAUAUUAGUACAACAUGUAUAUGUUGUCAUCCUAACAAACAAAAACUAGCAAGUUCAGGUUAUGUAAAAGCAGACUCUUAUGGUAAUUUUUCCCGUACACAUGGUUAUGCACCCCAUGAUAUUUGUCCAUCUCAAUGUCCUCAGUAUAUACCUACAGACGUUGAUCAACAAGGACAUUUGAUGAAUCAUAACAUUACAAGCAGUAAUCCAGAUUUUAAUCACUUAACUUCUAAUCAAAUGACAACAAGUUAUCCGGUUCGCCAUCUAACAUCUCCAAAUCCAUAUUACAAUAAUACACUGAAUUAUCCAAUGACUCGUCAUGGUUCUACUGAAUUCGGAAUAGUUUAUUCAUCAGCAAACCCAGUUAAUCAAUUGAGACAUGAACAUGGAAGCAUAAAACAUUCUACUCGCUAUGGCCAACACACUCCAAGGCAACCAAAUCAGUCUCGUUACUAUGGCACAAAACCUAAUUUUGGAAGUACACGUUAUUUUUGUUCAUCAAGAGAAGUUAUUCAAUCGAAUACGUCUAGAAAAAAUGUACCUCAUUUUGAAAAUCGACAAAGUGUUAACAAUCUUACUCAUGCAAUAUCUAGUGAGUUAUUUACUAAUCAAAAUCAAUGUAAUUGUGGACAACAAUAUUCUAUGCAUAAACCUAAUCAAAUUCAAUGUCAUAAACGAUUACCAUAUUCUUGUUCUACAUGCUUGAAAUCAAGAUCAAGUUUAUAUAAUAGUAAGCAAUCAUUUCAUACACUAAACACUCAGAACUCUGUUAUUGGUAAGUCUAUCAUUUAUACUUAUAAGUUAUAAGUUAGAAAUUUAAGUAGAUAUAAUUGUAACCAGUCCGUCUUGUCGAAUAUACACAUUAGUUUUCUGUGAACAAACUUUGACCUUAAUUAAUCCUACAUUAAAUCUCCAGGAUUGUAAGUCACAUAGUCUGUAUAUUAAACACGUGAAAUAAUUCACCUGGGUACACUGUGAAAUUUAGCAAAAAAUUCCGAACAAUUCAUGGAACUUUCGAUGUUGUACAUGGAGAUAGAACAUGAAAGAAAAAUUUCUCUCAUAAAGCAGAUCAAAUGUUUCAAUGAGAGCCGUGAUGACUACAAAAACAACAGAAACCUGGAAGGACUGUAAACCAUUUGUGUUGACAAAAGCUUCAGGUGCACGGUCUGUGGUAAUUUUCUCUGGUUAACUUUCUGAAAUAUUACUACUGAACUGAAUUAGUAAAGUAAUUCAUAUUAAGAAGACGAAAUACGUCAAGCGCCAGACAAAGAAACAUUUGAAGAGCCUAACUUAAGAGGAUUUUAGUAGAUAUUGUUGUACAAAACAAAAAAACAUGGGAUAAAUGCAUUCAAUGAAUGUGAAGUAUUCUGAAUGAGUUAAGAUCGAUGCACCCUUAAGUACAUGAAAUAUCGUUGUUGUGACCGCUGUGUAAAUAAAUAUUUGAAAACAAGUAACUUCAUAUCUGACGUAGAAAUCAUCCAUUUGGAUCAUAUGAAGAUUAGAUAAUGGAAACCACUGACGUUGACAUAUAUAAAUAAUAGAUAAUGUUUCAAUAAUCUUGAUGUUUGAUUAUAUUUCCCUGAAAACGUUUGGACCAGAUUGCCAAGCGAAGCAUUGGAUUUAUUUCAAAUUUAUUCGCUGAGAUUUGAUGAAUAAAUUCUUCCUCCUUAAUGUCAUGCAUCAGCUCGGUGCCCAAAUACUGUGAAACUAAUUGAUAAAAUUUACACUAAAGUUCUUAUGUAAAACGGAUAAUGUUGUUUGUAAACUAUUUUCCUCUCUACAUAAAACUCACUCAAUAAAGGAAAAACUAUUGUUAGGUUCUAAUAUCUGAAAAAAUAUGGGUCACACUUUUAAAAGUAACAUAAGUUUUGGAAAUAUUUAAGAUAAUAGGCUGUGUUAGUUACAUACAGGAAGCAGGAGAGCAAAACAGUCUAAAUUUCAUCCUGUCUUGAAAUAGUUUUUUCAGUCUAGAAUGACACUGAAUAUGUCUUUAAGAACUCUCACUUUAUUAGAAGCAUUACUUGUAGGUUUCUAAACAUGAAGUCAACCUCAAAUAUACAAAACAUUUUCUCGUCAUAAACUAAUCAAAAGGUAGCUUUUAAAAUUCUGGAUUCAUUUACUUAUACUUUUACAGAUAUUUAAUCAGAUAACUUUGAUAAGAUAAUUCGAAAAUACGAGUCGAUCUAAGCUAGACAACCAACCACACUGGAGGCAAUGUACAGCCGUUUCGUCCUAUUGUGGGACUUCUGAGCAGUGCGCAACAACAUUGGACGUCAACUAAGCGAUCUAGAGGUUAAACAUUCGCGCGCGAAGCUGAAGGUCCUUGACCUGAGUCCAGCGUGGAUGUGCACUGCUGAAAAGUUCAUACUAGAAUGAAACAGCCGUUCAGUGCCUCCGGCUUUUCAAUAGUGGUCUAGAAAACAAGAUACUAGUAACAGCUUAAUUUAUCAAAAGUGAAACCAGAACACUUGAAAAAAACUGAAGGUUUAGAAAAAUGCUCUUUAAAGGUUACUGUACAAUUAAUCAGUUUAUUAAUUUGUUCAAGUAUAUCCUGAAACUAUUCAGUGAUAUGAUAAGUUUAAGACAAUAAAUAUAAAAGACUAUUUUAAUGACAAUCUAAAUCACGUUCGUUUUUUAACCACUUCUCAAUCCAAUACUCUAGACAAUUUUUCUGAAGAGGACAAGGAUUCUGAUCGUAGUCGUUAUGCGGAUCAACUUAGACGUAUUCAGUACGGUGGUGGGCCGACUGCUCAGCUUUUAUUAGGUAACAUCAACGCACAAAAUGAUCAUUCAAGUCCUGAUUCUAAUUUAUCACCUUCUCAAGAAGAGCACAAUAUAAACAACUUCCAAUCUUGCUUAUCAAAAUCCAAAUCAAAUAUGCACAAGAUUGAAUUGUUGAAUAAUACUGAAAAUAAUCAUCUUAUCUCUAAUUUAAACCAAUAUAAUGAACGACCAGACAAUUUAGGAAACAAUGAAAAUCUUGAAACGUCUAGAUUAUUAAAUUCCAACAAGUUCAACCGUGAACAACAACAACAAAAUCAACACAUUACUGAUGAUUUCUCUACCAUUCCAAAUGUAGAUAACACUGAAAUCAGAUCAACCCAUCUAUCUGACUGUUUUGUUUAAAUUCUUUUGUUUUUUCCCUCUUUCUUUCUACCUGCCUGGCUAAAUUCAGUGUUUUUUUUCUAAAUUGUUAUUUUAUACUCAUUUACUCUCUUAACUAAUAUUUCCGGUUUAUAAGUUGAAUGUUAAACUAAAUGAGCAUUUUCUUUCUCAUCUUUUACAGUUGAAAAACCGUCGACAUUCAUGAAUUAUUUCUUUCGAAUAGUAAUUACUUCUGAAAUAACAUUCCUCAAAUGAUUACAUACGGGAAAAAUAACCCCCCCAAAUUAGUUUAUCAUUACAAGACUAGAAUACAUACAUCUUUGUGAAUUCUUUUUUCCUUAUUUCUUUUUCUUUUUUUUGUAAAAUUUAAUAUUCAUACAACUUUUAUACGAAUGUAAAGUUUAACAUUUCUAAUUGUAUUUCAGUUGACUUAUGAUAAUAUGUCUCCUUUGAAUCUUUAAAUGAUAAACUUCUACUUCUUCUCCUUCUUCUUCUUGGAUCAUCUUGGUCAUUUUUGAUGACUGACGAAUAAAAGCUGAUGUUUUUUCUUGUUUUUUUUUUGAUUAUUUAAAAGAAAAUUAAAUGAUAAGUUCUUUUUAAUUCUUCAUUUCAAUCUCUACAAUGUUAUUAUAAUUAUUAAUUGUGUGUUUAUUUAAUAAUUGUAAGACUACAAUCUUUCACAGAAGAAAAAACAAAACUACUUUUAAUACUACUGAUUUUGGUUUUUAUUAGUAUUGAAUAUGCAACUUAAAUUUGUACAAAUAUAUUAUCUUAAGUUUUAUUUGAAAUGAUUAAAUUAAAUUAACUAUUC